AUGUCUACAGAAUCUCCACCCCCCGAAUUCCUCUACGGAUUCAAACUCUGUCCCCACAAAGUAGCCCACGGUAACAGCUGUGGAGUCUACCACUCGGGACUCGGCUCCGGCAAUCGAAGCACAUGCGCGUGUCCACCGGGUCUCGUAAAACUCAAUCGAGAAGUGAGAGAUUUGUUUCCGAAACAUCUCUGUCCGGCUUGUGAAAAGGAGUAUUUUCGACUGCAUCCGGGGAUCGCUGCACGCUUGACGCCGAGGUGGAUUUUGGAGAGGAAGAGUAAGGGGAAGGGGAAGGGGAAAGCGAUAGGGAGUGGAGGGGCCUAUGAGCGGCUUUGA